AGAAACUACAGAAAGUAGAAGAGCUAAAGAAGAAUCUGACAUUUCAGCAGACUUUUGUCACCAGAGCAAAAUCACAAAGUGAAGCUGUUGUGAAAGCAAAUUUUAUUGUAGCAGAGGAGAAAGCCAAAUCAGCCCGGCCAUUUACCGAGGGAGAGUUUCUGAAAAGCUGCAUGAUGAAGGUGUGCGACGUCUUGUGUCCAGAAUUUAAAUAUCAAAAAUAAAAGUGCCAGCUCUACCUCACACGAGAGCACACUAGUCCGCGUACACAACGAAGAAGAAUAAAAAAAGAGGGUGACCUGCAGUCAUGACACAACAGGCGCCACCAUGCGGCGAUGAACUGCAUUACAACACGCCACUGCUGAGAGAUUGAAGAUGCUGCUGUUGCUCCUGCUCCUCACGAGUGAACUGCACAUGAUUUAUGUGACCGAACAAAGAUGAAGAGAAACCUCCUGGAACCUGCAGACUUCAGUCUCACCCUGAAACAUCCCACAGAGAGAGAUACAAACACCUACACCUGCACCAUCAGCAGGGAGGGAAAAAUUCUGAUGAAGAAACGAGUGGAGCUAAAAGUCAGAGUCCCCCGGGUGGAGGUGGAUUCAGGUGUGGAGUCUGUCCAGCUGCCUCUCAAAACCACACUUCACUUGCCUGAAAAAGCUAAAGUGGAGUGGAAGAACAGCUCAGGCAGGAUAGUCCACGUGUAUGAGAGCGACUCUGACCAGCCUGAAGAACAGAACCACUGUUACAAAGACCGAACAGAAAUUAAUGUGGACCCACUGAAACCUGAAGACCUCAGUCUCACCCUGAAAUACCCCACAGACAGAGAUAACUCCACCUACAUCUGCACCAUCUACAGCAGGGAUAAAAACAAAAUCCUGGUGAAGAAACAAGUGGAGCUGAAAGUCAGAGUCCCCCUUGUUGAGGUGGAGGAUUCAGGGGUGGAGUCUGUCAAGCUGCCAAUUAAAGCUACACUUAACCUGCCUAAAGAUGCUAAAGUUGAGUGGAUGGACAGUUCAUACAGGAUGCUUCACGUGUAUCCAAGCAGCUCUGACCAACCUGAAGAACAGGACCGCCGUUACAGAGGACGAACAGAGAUGAAUGAUGAAAAUGGAGAUCUCACUCUGACCCUGAAACACCCCACAGACUGGGACAGAGGCCCCUACACCUGCACCGUCUACAGCAGGGAGGGAAAUAUCCUGAUGAGGAAACAAGUGGAUCUAAAAGUCAUGGUCUGUCAGGUGGAGGUGGAGGAGGGGGCGGAGUCUGUCCAGCUGCCCUUCAAAACCACAGAAAACCUGCCUGAAUGAUCCACUAGAAUGAUUAUGUUGGAUUAUGUUUCAACAGCAAGCAAACUAAAUCUAGUUUCAACCAGUCUGGGCAUCAACAAGUGGGAAAAUUAGAUUUAUGAAACUGACUUAGUAGCCUUGAUACUGUUUUAUUGGUGAUACUUUAACGCGACGUUUCCAUAAAUUUAAUUUGCGACUACUCUCACUUCUAAACUCAUCAUCAUACACAGACACUAAUAACUGGAGCUCCAGGUACCACAAUUUACAUUAGCAACAGCUUAAUCUUUAAGUACCUUCUAUCCAUUUCUUCCUCUUAACCGGGGCAGCAGCCUAAGCAAAGAAGCCCAGUCCUCCCUCUCCCUCCCCAGCCACCUCUUCCAGCUUGACUGGGGAGCACCAAGACGUUCCCCGGGGCCUCCUUCCGGUGGAUAUAUGCCCAAAACACCUCACCCAGGUUAAAGCUCAUUUCCACCACUCGUAUCUGCAGUCUCGUUCUUUCAGUCACUACCAAAGCUCACGACCACAGGUGAGUGUAGGGACAUAAACUGACCAGUUAUUUGAGAGCUUCACUUACAUUCAGCCACAUUCCAGUGUGAGUCAGUGAUGCUCUUUGAUUCUGACAGUCUGGAACAAUGAGGUUGUACAUUUUCUUCUCACAUGUAAUUCUGAUGUGAA